GAAGUAUUUAAAGGAGACUCUAGAGGUCUAGGAAGCCUAGAGGCCAAGAAGCUGAGUCUUUACCAGGAUGCCCUGUAGGCUGUUGCCACUUGGCCUGCUGCUGCUCUGCUCCAGCACAUACUGCUCCCUGGGCUGUGACCUGAAUCAGGGGAUACAAAAAGACAUCUCGCUUCUCAAACAAAUCCACACAUUUUCCCUCUGGCCGUGUCUGAAGGACAGGACCAACUUCUCCUUCCCAAGGAAAGCCAUGGAGAGCAGCCAAUUCCAGGGGGGAAAUGUCACAGUUAUGCUUCAUGAGAUGCUCCAGCAGAUCUUUACCCUCUUCAGCCUCAAUACUGCUCCUGCUGCUUGGGAUCAGACCCAGCUCACGAAACUGCUCCUUGGACUGGACCAACAAAUGGAAAUCCUGGAAAGGUGUCUUGGGCAGGAGGCAGAGUGGCAAGAGCCUUCCUUGGUAUGUGACCACAACAUGCUAGCCCUGAAGAGCUACUUCCAAGGGAUAAGCCAGUACCUGCAGGCCAAAAGAUACAGUCUUUGUGCCUGGGAGAUUGUGUGGAUAGAGAUCAGAAGGCUAUUUCUCUUCAUAAACGAACUCACCAGAAAUCACAGAAACUAAAGAAGCAGAAAUGGAUGCUCAGAACACAUCAGUGCAUUGAUUGCUUUCCUCUUUCCUAACACCAAGCACUCCAUCUAUGGAAAACACAUUUCUCCAAAAGAACUGAAGUACACCUGCAUCACUGAAUGAUUGUAGAACAGUGACUUCACAUUCAUAUGCUGAAAGAGGAGAAUCCAGAGAAUUGUCUGAACACUUGAGUUAUUAGACAUUUCAUAAGUUGCAUUUAGUUAUAAUAUUCAUCCUGUUCACAAUGCAGACACUAUUUACUUUUGGAGAAUGAUCAUAUUCAUCGGGUAUUUAUGUGGCCUACUCUUCAUUGUUAUAUUUAUAUAUUAAAAACCCUUUUUAAUCAAAAGUAUUUGAUGAGUCUUUGGUCACAUAGCUUGUAAGGUUUAUAUGCAUAUUUGGAAAAGAACUAUAUGUGCAUGGUCUUGGAAAGCAGAAUGGGGAAUUGGGGGGUUUGAUCAUCAUUUCACACCAUACGGUACAAUAAGCACCAAAGAGAAACAACCUGUAGGCAAGAAUUCAAAUCAUGUGAAAGAUCCCCUUCAAAACUAUGGAUAAAGGAAAAGGGAGGGUUUUUUGUUUUUUCCCCCUUCAAUCUUUUCCAA